AUGUCUAUCAUCACGAUGUUGGUGAUGAUGGCCAAAGCUCCAGUCACUAGAAUACAGCCGAUGUUUUCGUUUACCCCAACCCACAUCAACGCUAAAAUGUCCUGUAUGCCCAUGGAACACUUGAUUGCUGUCUUUUUCGCCACACUGGGCGCUGCUGACUACCUCCCAAUCAGCAUCGCAGUUAUCAUGUUCAUCUGCUUGCUCGAGGGCAUUGGGAUUGGAGUGACUGUCAUUUCCGACAAAAUCAUUUGA